GUUCAAGUCACAUAUAUCGCAUUGGCAAGUUUUCGAUUUCGGUCAUCGGAGAUGCUCUGCAAGUUUGAGAUGAGGCUUUAUAAGAACUUCACGAAAUUAUCAUUUCCCCCCCGUCGUUUAAAGCUAGCCACAUAUUACUUUCACUUUGUUUUACACCAUGGACGCCAGAAAUGAUUCAUGAACAUUACAUUUUGGAAUACGUGUUACUGGGUAGCAGCUAGCUAACUUGCUUGCUAGCUACCUACUGCAAUUUACUAGAAUAACGUUACACGUUAGCUAGCAAUCGAAUGAAAGAAAGGUCUGAAGUUAGCUAACUUUUAUGAAAAGCUCGUAACCAUGUGUAGCUAACUUACUGUUGUUGGCUAGCUAGUCAAAGACAGACAUUUGAUACAAUGUUGUUCAGCUAGAGCUGUGGAACUUACUUAGAAGCUUGGUAAAACGUAACGUUACUCAGAAUAUCACUCACGUUAUUUUAGCUAGCUAACGUUACUUGCAAUAAAGGAAACAAUGUAUUUUACUUGCUUGUUUUUAGCUACCUAGCUAGCAUUCUUCUGACUGCAGUUUUCAAACCAGAUAGAUAGCAAGAUUAACGUUACAUCCUUGAGAAGUCUGUCGCCAGCCAAGUUACUCGUCUUGGGUAUUUUAUUUUCGUUUAAAGUUGCUCCUCAAUCAGGAGCCAGGAUCUUAUUGACAAGAGGCUGACAUUAGCUUGCAUACUGGUUCAGUGGUUGAACUUGUGGUAGCAAGACUAGCUCCCAUUGCUAUAAUAGCUGGAUCUAGUCCUCCGUUAGCUAGCUGUCUUGAAUGACAGGGACUUUCUUGCAAAGAUCAUCAGACCAUGUUUUUGUACUGGUCUUACUUUUAAGGGGGCGUUGUUAUUAGCUAAAUACAUAGCUAGCUAACCAAGUAAAUUGCUGAGGAUGCCUGGCUCAGAAAUUCAUCUUCCAAAUGCUGAUUUGGGAGAAUUGGACUCAGAAAGUCUCCCUUCAAAUUCCGGUGUGGGAGACUUGCCAUGGCUUUGCAUGGUUACACUGUUCAUUGCCUCCAUUAUUACAUUGAUACUGUAUCUAGUACAGUAUUUUUACAGCGAUCUACGGAUACAGAUGCCUGAGCAAAACAAUGCUGGUUCGGGGGAAGCGGACGUUCUGUUGGGAUGGGCGCUUUCACUGAACAGUUGGAAAAGUCAAUGGAGAGGGGCUUGGUGCAGAGCUUUGAAUGAUGAAUCGACGAAGUCUGGGUGCCCAGUGCAACUAAUAUUAGAAGAGGACGGCCUCGAGUCAUCAGAACUGGUGGUUGGCCAAGUGUCCAGCUUCAAGAAGUCUGCUAGUCAGAAGGCUGCACGAUGCAAGGUGAUUGGGGACAAGCUUCAGUUCUCCCUCAGUGCUUCACCAUCAGCCAUGUCUCCAGGAGAGCCCUGUAGGUACAGCGUAAUGAUAUCUCCACUUGAACUGCAGUUGGACUUGCAGAUGAGGGAGCCUGAAGGGCAGGUCCAGGUGGUCUGGGGGGUGUGCCAUCUUGAGACUUGGGACCUGCACCUCAGCCCCAGCUUCACACAGGACCAUGCCACAGGCCCCAGUGUGUUUGCAGUAAAGGACAGGCUGAGACAGCUGCUGUGUGCGGUGCGUCCCUCCGUUAUGCUGAGUUGCAGGCCUGCUCAUGCCACAGAGGUCAAGGAGGCACGUAACAAGGUGACAUCACCGCCCAAGCCCCCCCGUGCUCACGACUGGAAGCUGCUGGUAAAGAAUAUCCGGGUGACGUGUAAGGAGCAAGAGGACGGUGCUGCAGGCAGUCUGAAUCGCCUGUGUGUGCUGCAGCUAGAUGACCCUCCACAGAAACUCUCCACUUCAGUCCUACAGAACACAGCCAGCCCAGCCUGGGACCAGCCCUUCAUCUUUGAGCUGAAUGGACGAUCAAAAGAGCUGAAAAUUCAGCUGCUGGAUGAUGGGAAACCUCAGGAGAACUCCUUACUGGGUCAAGUGUCUGUGCCUUUUGAUCUGGUGAAGAAGCAGCCCAAAGGACAGCUAACAUUUACACUCAUGACCAAAGAUCAAGUGACAGGGUCACUUACUACUGAGUUGACAUACCUGAAACCCAGUGAGGUGCGGUCGUGGCAGUCCCCUACUCCAGCCCCCACUAAGAGAGUGGAGAUGGACCGCACGGUCAUGCCCUGCGGUACUGUGGUCACGACAAUCACUGCAGUGAAGAGUAAACCAGGUCGACCACUACUGCCUGGACUAAAUAUAACCCAGCAGAACCCCUCCAAUCCUCCCAGCGGCACCAAGUCCAAGGUGUCAGGACGGAGGGUGUCGGCGCAGCCGUCCGUGCUGGGGAUCAUGGGGAGCAAGGCCUUGUCCUCCUCCGACACAGAGCUACUCAUGCUCAACGGGACUGACCCCGUGGCUGAGGCUGCCAUCCGCCAGCUCCACGAGUCCGCCAAGCAGAAGCUCAAGUCCCCGGUCAAGAAGAGCACCAUCAUCAUCUCAGGAGUGACCAAGACUCCUCUGUCUCAGGAUGAUGAGAUGGCUCUGAUGGCGGGCUAUGCUGCUGCGAUGGAUGCCUCUAUGUCGGAGGGGGGAUCUCAGGAGAUCGCUGUGGCAACUGCAUCAGUAGUAAAAGCCAGUAGCAAACCCCCGGAGGUGUCGUCAGACCCCCAGGAGGGCCCCAGUGGAGUGGCCCAGCAGGCCCCGGAGGACUGGGAGUGCCAAGCAGGAGAGGGCACAGACCAAGAUCCAGACAAAACCUCCAUGUCACUAUGCAUCUCAGAGUCUGGAUCCAAAAAGAGCAGAGGAGGCAGCUUCCUGCACAGGAGUGCCAAGCUGUUCUUCCGCCGGCGCCGCCAGUGCAAAGACCCGGGGAUGAGCCAGUCGCACAACGACCUGGUGUACUUGGAGCAGCCUGUGACGGUAGACCAGGAGAAACGCACGUCCACCUUCAGCCGGAUGUUGAACCGCAAGCUGCUGCCCACGAGCAAGAGCACAGCCAACGGCUCCACCGCCACCCAAACAGUGACACCCGCUCCUACCCCGGGGGAGCAGCAUGCAGCAUGACCCCCCCCCUCCCCCCCUUCCGAUAGGACUCCACCAACCUCUCCUUCCCCUCCAAUAGUUCCCCACCCCCCCACUCCACCACCCUCUCCUUCCCCUCCGAUAGUUCCCCACCCCCCCACUCUACCACCCUCUGAUAGUCUUCCAGCCCCCCACUCCACCACCCCUCUCCUUCCACUCUGAUUGUCCUCCACCCCGCCACUCCACCACCCUCUCCUUCCCCUCCGAUAGUACUCCACAACCCUCUUCUUCCCCUCCGAUAGUACUCCACCACCCUCUUCUUCCCCUCCGAUAGUUCUCCACUCCACCACGCUCUCCUUCCCCUCCGAUAGUUCUCCACUCCCCACUCCACAACCCUCUUCUUCCCCUCCGAUAGUACUCUACCACCCUCUUCUUCCCCUCCGAUAGUUCUCCACUCCACCACGCUCUCCUUCCCCUCCGAUAGUUCUCCACUCCCCGCUCCGCCACCCUCUCCUUCCCCUCAGAUAGUCCUCCAUCACCCCACGUUGCCUCCACCUCUACCACCUUGCACUGACUGAGAGACUCCACUUCGCGGUCCGUGAAUCCUCCAUUACUGGUUGGAAGGCAGUAUGGAGGUAAAAUAUUAUCUUUAUCUCCCUCCCUUCUGCUCCUCCACCAACCUCACUUUUUUUUUGAGCAGAAAUAUUUGAUAUUGUUUUUGGGUAAUGCUAAUUUGAAAUGUUUUUUUUCUUCACCUCCAUGCCAUUUCAUGAUAAUUGUUUUGUAACAUUCUUGAAACAUAUUCUGUAUUUGUGGCCUUCUAAACCAGAAGAAUAACUACUGGUGGCCAACCUGCACCCUCAUCCUAUUAGAGGGUAGUAACACAGAUAGAACAAUGAGACAGAUAUUUCACCGGAUGUAUAAAUGUGAAGCAUCUGGUUGGUGUUUCCACUCAUUACCAAAUAUGGUUAUGAGAGAAAGCCAAGUGGUCGUCAGCGGGAGAAGAUGGAGUGAGAUGGAUUUUGGCCAUCAUUCUGCUAGUUUUCUCAUUGAUUAAACAUUUGAUGUCCAUACAGUUUUCUGCUUCCAUAACUAGAAUCGGUAACAAACCGAGUGGACUGCACUUUGUAGACUUUAACCUUUGCCAAAGUUUUGAAAAUGCCGUUGUUUUGGAGUGCAAAGGCGAAUUGGGUUAUUGCACACGCGCACUUCAGAGUAGGCGUUCCCUAACGGAAAUAUUAAAAUAAAUUCUAUAAAGUGCCAAUAAGAUCUCACUAGCUCGUGCUUGGCUCUGCCCACCUCCUUGUUUGUUCUGCCCAGUAUGAUUCAUUUGCUCCCAUUGGAAACGACAGGCUCUGGUCUAUCUUGGGUUAGUUAAAAAAAUAUUUGGUAGUGAGGUCAACCCUGACCUUUGACCUCUUAAAGGGUCCGAUUGAAAUGUGGCCCAGAGGGACCAAAGAAGGAGAGAAGAGUGGUGUUGACAUGAUUUGCACACAUUGCUAGAUACAUUUUCUAGGUUUUACACUCAAGGUGUGAUUUUUCAGCUUUUUAAGAGCAAUUACUUGAACUGCUCUUGUGAUAGAGAUAAUCUGUAUAAAUAGCAAGCAGUUUGUGUAGGCACUUUGUGAUUGAGAGAGGAGUUUGUGUUGACAAAGGGAGUUAGUUUGUUCCACUGCAAGGCUGAUACUAGUGGGAGAUGAUAAAGCCUAACAUUUUAAUUCAAGACAUCUUAUCAAAAGUAAAUUCACAUACAAACCUCAGAGCUACUGUGAAAAUCUUAUGCCAGACUAAACAUUUCAGACAUCAACAGUUAUGGCAGUUCUGUGUAAAUUAUAUCUUUUGAUGUCAUUGGUUAUCUCAUACAGUUUUGUAAAGUCCAAAAUUACAGUUGGUAAUAAAGAAUUGGGAAUUUCCACCAUAAACACUAUUUCAAAACAGUGCAGUGGCAUCAUGGAGAACAUGAAAAUUGCAAUUUUCUGUUUGAUAUUAACAUUUUAAAAUAUUUUUUUGCUUUGUAUUAUCACUUUUCUUUUAAAUAUGGCAGUGUUUUAAAAUUAAGUGCAAUUUGCUCUAGUCUUCCGAUCUAAAGAUUCCUUACACUACAACUGCCUGGGGUUGGUGAGGUGGAAAAUGGAACCCCAAUGACAUCAUGCUGAGAGAGGGAACGAACGUGACACUACCUCAAGGCUAACUUGUUGCAGUGUUCACUAAAAACACAGGGGUCAUUCACUCAUGCGCUUUUGCUGUUUUUUGUUUUAAAAAUGUAAUGUAACAUAUCAGCGCUUUAAACAUUGUCUAAACAGAAAGGAUGAUACAUCUUUGGGAAAUCUGAAUGGUUUGACUGCUUUGGGAUUUUAUCUAGCUAAUGAUUGUACUUUUAUUUAAGCAGGUAAAUUAAAUGAGUUGUUUUAAGAUCAAUUCCCUGCCAACUACUGUUUUUAUUCUCAUUGAAUGAACCUACUGAGAGGACUGCUAUACUCUGAUGGACAUGAUGGCAGUACUCAACAUGGACAUGGUAGGCAGAUGCCCUACUGUUUACAAGGCUUUUGAAGAGACUGGAUAACAGUUCUUCUACCUGUGUAGUGACGACAAACUGUGUGUAGUGGGGUUACCUCUUGGAAAUUGUCGAUUUUUCAGGUAUGACCAGUCUUCGAAUGACUUGGGACUUGCUGUCCCAGGACGGCAGUAGCUGUGCUAUCUAUACCUAUCAUCUGGUGUUUUCGGAGGACUUGAGAAUGUUGCUGAGUGGCAUUAAAAUGAGAUAAAGAGGUGCCAAUUGGAUUUCCCCUCAACAACCCAUAUGAAAACAUAAUCAAUGAGCUGUGUUUUUAUGAUAUGCUUGGAUGUCUGAUUACACUGGGGUAUCUGGUUGCUGAAAAAAAGGGUAUGUCAUUUGUGUUGAUCUUGAACAACAGCAUUAACUAAGUUCUCUGUCUGCUGCAGAUACUGUAUGGGGUAUAUGUGUCCAUAUUAUUUUUUUUACGUCCCUACUGUGAAGUAUGAACGAGUGUCAAACGCCUCAGAUCCUGUAACCGGUCACAUAUUUGAACAGUGGUGGGUCAAAUAUUGACGUAAGCUCCUGGAAGGGUUACCAAUGAGCUGACUGCUCCUUGUUUCAGUAAAUAAGGUCCCUUUUAGAGCCAUCUUGCAGCUGGAGGUGUAUGCCGAAACCCAAAGUCAUCUUUAAACCUUGUUCAAACUUCAGAAAAGAAUGUGGGGUGUUUUAAACAUGCAAACUUGAUUCUAAGCCUAAUUGAUGGCAACUGACAAGUGCAAGAUUAUGCAUUUCAAUAAGCAGUGGGCCUGUAUAUUAUUAAACAGCUUCCUGACAUUUUAUAUUGGCUCUGUGAAACGUACAGAACCUGGUUGCCUGCUAAUAUUUAAUGGCAGUCAAUGCCAUGCAGGGAUUAUUACUAAUUAUUGACAUAUCAGGUUUAACAUCUUGAGCAAUAAAUAUUAACUGAAUAACCA